AUGAAGAAUUUUAUACCUUUUGUGUUAGUUACUGUUACUGCUAUGUAUAGUGGACUGGGUGAAGCGCUACCGGUAGUAAGAAAUUGCCACCGUCAAAUGGUAGAAGUUCGAAACAACCUCGGUCCUGGUCAGAUUUUGAUAUUUCACUGUGUGCACCCUAUUGUUCGACGCGGAGUUUUAAAAUUUAAUGAGAAACAACAAUAUAACGCUGGUUCGGGCAAUGCAAGAUCUUGGGCAUGUGUGUUGUAUAAAGGACCUCCAACGGAUCGUUAUGGUAUUGCAGUGGGAAAAAACUUUCAAAAACUUCCAUGUAAUACAGGAGUUCUCGCAUGGAUUGCUAAAAAUGAUGGUGUUUACUUUGAGGGAAAUGGAAAACCUAUGAAGUUUUUGAAUAAAUGGGCAAAAAUGUAA